AUGGAGGUCGAGAUCAAGCUCCGUCUCCCCGACGCGGCUGCACACCGGCGCCUCUCCUCCUUCCUCGCGCCCCGCCUGCUCCGCACCGACGCCCCAGCGCGGCCCCUCGCCGCCGCCACCGCCGCCCAACGGGACGUCCGCCUCUACGGCACCAACGACCGCGACCCCUCCCGCGCCGUCCUCAUGCUCAAGCGCCGCCCGCGCAUCGACGCCGACGUCAGCCGCGUUGAGGAGGUCGUGGAGCCCCUCGACCCCGCCCUCGCCCUCACCUGCGUCGACAACCCCGCCCGUCUCGACGCGGUCGACUCCCCCAUCGUCCGGCUCGUCUCCGACGAGUACGGCGUCGGCGGGGACAAAGCGCCGUUCGUCUACCUCGGCGGCUUCCAGAACACCCGCGGUGUGUAUGAGCUCGAGGAGGGCGAGGGGCAGGGGCUCGUGCUAGACGGCAGCGGGCUGGGCCUGCGUUGGCGGUGCCGGCAUUCCUCUCCUCCGACGAGCGGUGGCGGCGGCGGCACGGGACGCAGUGGGCCUGACCUGCGUCGGCGACAAUGGGGGCCCUCUCCUCCGUCGAGCGGCGGCGGCGGCGCGGGACGUAGUGGGCCCGGCCUGCAUCGGCGGUGGCGGCGGCGGGAUCCAUCUCCUCCCUCAAGCAGCGGCGGCUUGGGACACGGUGGGCUUGGCCGCAAAGAUGGAUUUCUCUGGGGCAUUCGAUUACUGCCUCUGUUCCUCGACUCGCGUCAGGGACGCAUAUGCCCAUCCGGUCGUUCCUCCUCAUGGUCAGCGACGCAGAUGCGGCCGCUGUCGUUCCUCGCACAGCCGAAGGUUGAACCAUUGAAAGGGAGCACAUAA